CGGUGACUCACCUGGGGAGAGUUGCAACAGUUGUUACAUUUGUGUUCCGAAGAAGCGGCCGGGAAGCAGACCGCGCGCCGAGUUCGAUCCGCGCAGCUGAAGCGGGAGCAUGUACACGACGGAGCGCAGGCGGAUGAGCCUGCACGAGCUGAGGAGGAAGGAUCCGGUGUGGGUGUCCGCCGGGAGUCUGUGGCAGGACAGCCUGGCCAUAGAGCUGAGCGCAGGCAGCGGCCCGGGGAAGCACCUCGUCUCCCCGCGGAGCCGCACCAGACCGGUGUCCGUGACUUACAUCGUGAGCGAGGACGCGUCCGUGCCGCACACGGAGGAGAACUUGUCCCUCAAGUGUCUGAAGGAAGCGUGCGCGGACGCGCACGCCGCCUUCAAGACCAUCUCGUUUGAGAGGAUCUCCAUGGGCACCACAGACAUCCUGGAUCACUUCUACAACGCAGAUGUAGCGGUGGUCGAGAUGAGCGACACUUUCUGCCAGCCCUCGCUCUUUUAUCACCUCGGAGUGAGAGAAAGUUUCAGCAUGACCAAUAACAUCAUCCUGUACUGUUACAAGCAAGACACGGACCUCCAGGCUGUGAAGGAGCAGUGUGGUAGCUACACCUUCAUUCCUUACACGGUGUCACCUCAGGGCAAAGUGUUCGCCUGCGAUGCCACCAUGAUGACUUGCAUCAAAGAGUUAAUGCAGCCUACCUUCCAGCUGGAGCCGCUCCUCACGCCGCUGGUGGAGAGACUGGUGCACCUGCUCAACAACGUGCACGUCCAGUCCAGUGAGUACUUCCGGGAGUCGGUCAGGCAUGAGAUCCGGAUGGCGAGGGAGAGAUUCAGCGGCCAGGCCCUGAGCGAGGAGCUGAGCCGCAUCCAGAAACGCCUGGACAGCGUGGAGCUGCUCACGCCGGACAUCGUCAUGAACCUGCUGCUGUCCUACAGAGACAUCCAGGAUUAUGAUGCCAUGAUCAAACUGGUGGAGACUCUCACUGAGCUGCCCAUGUGCAUGGUAGCAAGGCAUCAGAAUAUCAAGUUUCACUAUAUUUUUGCUCUGAACAGGAGGAAUCACACAGGAGAUCGAACUAAAGCUCUAGAGGAAAUCCUUCCCAUUGUGGAGUCGGGAAAGAAAGUGGGAUCAGAUGUCUACUGCCUGUGCGGACGGAUCUACAAAGACAUGUUCAUGAGCUCAGGGUUCACUGACCAGCGCAGCAGAGACCAGGCCUGCUACUGGUAUGGAAAAGCUUUUGAGACAGAACCAACGCUCCACUCAGGCAUCAACAGCGUGGUCCUCCUCAUGGCGGCUGGACAUGAAUUUGAGACGUCUAUAGAGCUGCGCAAAAUAGGUGUGACUUUAAAUACCCUGCUUGGGAGGAAGGGUAGUCUGGAGAAGAUGAAGGACUACUGGGAUGUAGGUUUCUACCUCGGUGCAAACAUCCUCACCAAGGAACACAAGAAAGUUAUUGAAGCCUCUGACAAGUUAUACAGACUCAAGGCCCCUAUAUGGUAUGUGGCAUCCAUCAUGGAGACGUACAUCCUCUACCGUCAGUUCGCCAAGCUCCCCGAGGUCAGAUCGCCGAAACAAGACACGGUGGACUUCUGGAUGGAGCUGCUUCUGCAGACCUGUAAACCCACCGUGUCAACAGACCGCUGCCCGGUGCUCAUUCUGGAGCCCAGUAAAUUCCUUCAGCCGGCAAUAGUCCGUGUCAGUGAGGAAGACGAGAGUCGCACUGUCCAGCUGCAACAUGUCACUUCCUUAAAGAAAGGAUUACACCAGUGGACUUUCCCAGCAUCUGCAAUCCGGGGAGUGAGUGCAUCAAAGAUUGACGAGAGGAGCUGCUUUCUGUAUGUACACUACAACUCCGACGACUUCCAGCUCUGCUUCCCCUCAGAGAUCCACUGCAAAGGGUUCUGUGAGCUGGUGAACUCUCUGCUCCAGCAGGCUGUGGACCCUGCGCAGGACCCACAGCAUUUAACCGAGGGAGUGCUGGAGUACAUCUAUGAGACCAAUGAGAACGGUGACAAGGUGGUUCUUGGUAAAGGAACAUACGGGGUGGUUUAUGCUGGAAGAGACCUGAGCAACCAAGUACGCAUCGCUAUCAAGGAGAUCCCUGAAAAGGACAGCACGUAUUCCCAGCCUCUCCAUGAGGAGAUCGCUCUACACAAGAGGCUGAAACACAGGAAUAUCGUCCAGUAUCUGGGCUCAGUCAGUCAGGAUGGAUUCAUCAAGAUCUUCAUGGAAGAAGUACCAGGAGGAAGUCUGUCAUCUCUGUUACGCUCCAAGUGGGGUCCUCUGAAAGACAAUGAGGCCACAAUCAUCUUCUACACCAAACAGAUCCUGGAGGGACUCAAGUACCUCCACGAUAAUCAGAUAGUCCACCGAGACAUCAAGGGCGACAAUGUGCUGAUCAACACGUACAGCGGAGUGUUGAAGAUCUCUGACUUUGGAACGUCUAAACGCUUAGCAGGGAUCAACCCCUGCACAGAGACUUUUGCUGGAACUCUUCAGUACAUGGCCCCAGAGAUCAUAGACCAGGGGCCUCGGGGUUAUGGGAAGCCUGCAGAUAUCUGGUCUCUGGGGUGCACUAUUAUAGAAAUGGCAACUGGCAAAACACCAUUCCACGAGCUGGGAAGCCCUCAGGCAGCCAUGUUCAAGGUGGGCAUGUUCAAGAUCCACCCCCAGGUUCCAGAGUGCAUGUCGGACGAGGCCAAGGCCUUCAUCAUGAAGUGCUUCGUGCCAAACCCAGACGACAGGGCCACUGCCACAAAGCUGCUGGCGGAUCCUUUCCUCCGCUCGUCUCCCAGGAAGAAAGCCAAAGUUGUCCAGGAGUCAGACCCAAAAGACUUUCUUAGUUCUGCUGACUAUCAGCGCAGCCUGUCUGUGCCCGUCUCCAUCUUUGUGGAAGAUACCGACUCAUACUCGGGCUCAAUAGACCUCUCUUGUUCUCUCGACCUGCGGAGGAACCAGGCAGACCUCAGAGGAGAUGAAAUCUCCGAGAGCCCUCCAAGUACCAACCGCUUCCUGCCGAUUCCAGAUGACUCGGUCACGGACUUGAGCAGUCCAGCUGCAACAGAAGAGAAUAUCGGUCUCUUCAUGCUGAGAAAGGACAGCGAGAGGAGAGCAACGCUGCACCGGGUUCUCACCGAUUACAUCAAUAAUGUGGUGUCCAAUAUACAGGAGGCCGUGCCUCACUAUGGUGAGGGCUCCUCGCUCACUGCAGCCCACAUCACUAAACUCAUUACCUGCUUGCGAGACAACAUCCACUCCCCAGACAGGAAGCAGCUGACCAGCGGCCUGCUGGACCUGCGAGCCACGCUGCUCGCCGCAUCAGUGCCUCUGAACAGCCUGCAGGCGGUGCUGUUUAGCUUCCAAGAUGCUGUGAAGAAAGUGUUGAGACAGCAGCAGGUGAAACCUCACUGGAUGUUCGCUCUGGACAACCUUCUGAGGCAGGCGGUGCAGGACGCCAUCACUGUGCUGCUUCCAGAACUGAAAAUCCAGCUUCAGUCCUCAUUUGAGAUGGAGGAGAACACUCAGGGGGAACCGUCGCCUGACCCAGACACUCCUAUAGUUCUUGUCCCGGACCAGCCGAUGGUGCUGACAGACACACACUCCACAACUGACCUCCUGUCUGCGUCCAGUCCGAACUCCCCUACGGACCUCGUAAUCACCACGAACUCUCCGCUCAGUGAGAAGCUGAGAGACAUGAGGGUGGAGACCAAGAGACUGCUGAGUCAGUUGAGUGAGAAGGAGAGAGAGUACCAGGACCUGCUGAGAAAAUCAGUCCAGAGGAAACAGGAGCAGAUAGAUGCCCUGAGGAUAGCAGCAGUCACUGAAGAUGGGGAGCCGACUUCACAGAAAACAGCUAAUCCAGAGACAAAGGCCAUGGUGCGCUGGCUGAAGACUGUUCCUGUCGAUCAAGACACUAUUGAUAAGCUGCUCUCUCAUGAGUUCACCUUGGACUGUCUCCUCCACAUGGCCUCCAGGGACGACUUGAUGUACUGUGGACUGAGGGGUGGCAUGCUAUGUCGCGUCUGGGCCGCCAUCACGGCUCGGAGAAAGACCCAGCUCAGCACGCUCAACGAGGACGGCGAGGACACGCUCCUCUAGUGGCGCUUGAUCUCUUUCUUCAAAGGACAGGUCUACUGGCAGGCUGGCCCUGUGUUGUUUGGACUAAUAGAGACACUGGUCAACAUGGAUGAUGAUCGCUUUUAGUUUUUUGUUAAGCUGUGAAUGUAUUUGUUUUUUUAAGAAACUGACCUCUGUUUACGUCUUUUAAAAGUGAGGUCUUACCAGCAGUAUUUUUUUAAAGGUUCUCAGGGCUUUGGCGAGGGGGGCUGCAAUAAAAGCAAGUGCUAUGCUAAUGAAAAUGUGUGUUUUGUUUGUUGUCUGCUGUUAUUUUGUAUGAGGUGCCGUGAUCUAAACAGUCUCGGGCCACCUCACUGGGUUUCCUUGGAUUUAUAUGCAGUGCAAUUCUGUAAGGUAUUUUCUUCUAAAAGAAAUGUGGAAAGAUGGGUAAUGCUGAGGAUGUAAUAUCACACAUUUCUGGAGGGCUUAAAUGUUUUUUUUUUCCUCAAUGUGAUAUCUGCUAAAUAUAGGCUCUAUGCAUUUUUCUACAGAAUUACUAUGUUGAUAUUAUAGUACUAUAUGUGUUUGUAUCUCUGAAAAUAUGAGAUUAUUACUGACCUAACUUCAGUAUUGGACAUUUAAAGCAUCUUUCUCCUGGUGCUUCGGUAAUGUGUCUGACAGACCGAGAUCAAAGUUAUUGGGGGUAGAUUACGUUUUAGAUCAAUACAUCUGCCUUCUGGGCAAGUGCGAUUCCUUGCAGCAUCCUGCUGAAAAUACUCCAAAUACUGAAGAGGAACACUGAGUAACUGGCUGGCCUGCUGUCUGAAUGAAGCUAUUUGUUCUCAACAUGGACAGAUUUUUUUUUUUUUCUUCUUUUGACGGAGUGACGAGCCAUGGAAGAAGUGAUGAACUAGUGAACAGUCCUUAAAUUCCACAUGUGUUUCCUCAUCUGUUUUCACAAUGUUGACGUCUCCUUAGCAACCAUUGCAUGGACUUUGUGUGUGUCUGUGUGUCUGUGCUGCAUGACCGCAUAUGAGUAGAUCUACUGUUUAAUGUGGAAUUAUCUUCUGGGAAAUGAUUUUGUCUCAUUUUCAAUUCAUGACUGUGCUUGAAUUUUGGGAAACACGUUUAGGGGACUGUAAUGUUUGGAAUGUUGAUUCUUAAAAGAAAGGCUCAUGACUAGGUUCAGAAACGGGAGACUGGAAUGAUCAGAUCCAUGCUCGCCACAGUUUCCCUCAGUCAGGUUAUGACUUUAUUAACCAAAUAACCUUCUCCUUGUUCAUAUUGAAAACGUGUUAUUGUUUUAUUUGUAGAUAUAUAACUUAGAAAACGUUUUUUGCUAUUUAUGUAUAUUUGUGUGUGGUUUGCCAUUUCUCCUUGUGCAUACAUGGGUUUUCUUAUGGUAGUCAGGUUUUCGCUAUCUGUUCAAAACGAUACAUUUGAGCCAAAUUAACAAAACCUAUUUUUGCAGAUAGUCUGCAGGGAUGAUCUGCAGCUGACCAUGACCCCAGGAUGAAUAUAGUGACAUUGAAGAAAGGUGGAUGUUUGAGGAUACUUUAUCUUUUAUACCCUUGACCAUGCACGCCUUUCUGCACGCUGUCAACCUGAUAAUAAAAAUCCACUCCUGUCCAGAUGUCUUCACUACUCCUACAUU